AUGGAGGAGGAUCCAAAUGAUUGUAAUACUUGUAGUAAGUCAUCAGUUAAUAGUUUAUAUUCACAUAAAUGUACUCACACAGGAGAGAAACUGUAUCACUGUGAUAUAUGUGGUAAAGCAUUUUCUAUGAAGUGUAGUUUAUCUAAACAUAAUCGUACUCACACAGGAGAGAAACCAUAUGGUUGUGGUAUCUGUAAUAAACGAUUUUCUAGAAGUAGCUCAUUGUCUACUCACAAACGUUUUCACACAGGAGAGAAGCCUCAUCGAUGUAGUAUCUGUGUAACUAAAACCCUAAAGCUGGAUAAAAUGGCAUUAUAUGAGAAAAAUUAA